GACGACAGACUGGCGAUGAUCGUGCAGCAGCACGUUCGGAUCUUACGUUUCAUAUCGCUAACGGACAGGAUGUUGCGCGAAAUAUCUGUCGUGGAAAUUGUAGGAUGUACGUUAAACAUGUGUUUUCUCGGAUAUUAUACUAUCACAUUGGAAUGGGGAAGUGUAGAGAUCGCCGCAUACGUAACGUAUAUUACUCUGCUCCUAUCCUUCACGUUCAAUAUCUUCAUAUUUUGUUACAUCGGCGAGCUUAUUAUCGAACAGUGCAAAAAAAUCGGCGAAGUGUCAUACAUGAUCGAUUGGUAUCGACUACCAGGAAGAAAGGGUCUUGUCCUCGUAUUGAUGAUAGCUAUGUCGAAUUCAUCCACCAAACUCACCGCCGGAAAUUUCUUCGAGUUGUCCCUCAGUACUUUCGGUGACGUGGUUAGGACAUCUGUGGCCUACUUGAACAUGUUACGCACAUUAACUUCAUAA